AUGCAAGCUCUCUCGCUCGCCGUGUUGGCAUGCGCCUUGAGCCAUGCUUCUUCUACCGUGAUAGCUCGCGGCAGCCCAAAAGGAACCCCUAAGGCCAGCGACUUCGCGGCCGACUCUUCUAUUCCAGUUCCGCAGAUUCAGUCGGCGGCUGCCAACGCGAGCGUCGAGGCUGCGCUCUACCCCCUGAGCCAGGAUAACCAGAAGACCAAGUCGGCUAUCUACAAAGACUGGUCAGAAUUCAAAAAGGCAACGGCCCUGUUGUGGAUCGCAGACAUGGAUGUCGACUGCGAUGGGAUGGACUACCGCUGCAAGGGUAAUCCCGACGGCCUUUCGACAACGAACUGGGGCGCCUUAUCGGCCUACAAUGUCCCCUUCAUCGUCAUCCCGGACGAUUUCAUGGUGGCUAACAAGGAUGACCUUCCCGGCAACAACGUCGCCGCCGUCAUCUGUAACGGCAAAAUGUUCUACGGCAUCCUGGGAGAUUCUAACGGCGACACUCCCCUCGUCACGGGAGAGGCUUCCUGGUUGAUGGCCAGGACCUGCUUCCCAGACGAUAACCUGGAUGGAAACAAGGGCCACUCAGAACCGGAUGUCACUUAUAUCGUUUUCACCGGCAAAGACGCCGUUCUGCCCAGCAGCGCCAUAAACGAGCACUACAUCACCAACUUUGGCACUCUGAAGUCUAUGGGCAAUAAGCUGAUGUCUGAUCUCGCCUCCAGCCUGGCUCUACAUAAGUCGGGGGACUCUACUUCUCCCUCGACCACAUCGGGCCCUACCGCCACCUCGACUUCACAUCCUACCUCCACCGAUGAGGAUCAGGAGAACUCCUCCACGACUCUCUCUCCGCCAUCCUUGACAAGCCUCCUCCCGACCAGCUCCUCUCUGUCGAACAUUGGAAACUGCUUCAAGAAGCCGUCUGCUCUGAUAGUGACGGUUGCGCUGAUGGCCUGGUCUGCAUGUCUGGGAUGGUAA